GCGGAGCGUCCGGCAGCCCUUCGCGGAAGGCGUUCGGCGAGCGAUGGCAGCAGCGCGUGGAGGACCCUGCGCCCGCGAGAUUUUCACGACACUGGAGUACGGACCGGUGCCUGAGAGCCACGCAUGCGCGCUGGCCUGGCUGGAUACCCACAACCGCCUCUUGGGCCACUAUGUCAACGGGACGUGGCUGAAGCCAGAACACAGGAACCCAGUGCCUUGCCAGGAUCCCAUCACAGGAGAAGAGUUGGCCAGCUGCCUGCAGGCACAGGCUGAGGAUGUCACUGCGGCUGUGGAGGCGGCAAGGACGGCAUUCAAGACCUGGAGCCAACUCCCCGGAGCUGCUCGAGCCCAACACCUAAGCCGGUUGGCCAAGACUAUCCAGAAGCAUCAGCAACUGCUGUGGACCCUGGAGUCUCUGGUCACUGGGCGGGCUGUUCGAGAAGUUCGCGAUGGAGAUGUCCCACUGGCCCAGCAACUGCUUCAGUACCAUGCAGUCCAGGCAUAUGCCCAGGAGAAGGCCCUGGCAGGCUGGGAGCCUAUGGGAGUUAUUGGCCUCAUCCUGCCAACUUCUUUCUCUUUCCUGGACAUGAUGUGGAGGGUCUGCCCUGCCCUGGCUAUGGGCUGCACUGUGGUGGUCCUUGUGCCCCCAGCCCUCCCAACGCCUCUCCUCCUCGCCCAGCUGGCAGGGGAGCUCGGCUCUUUCCCGGGGAUCCUCAAUGUGGUAUGCGGCCCUGCCUCACUCGGGCCUGUCCUGGCCUCCCAACCUGGAGUCCAGAAGGUGGCCUUCUGCGGAGCUGUGGAGGAAGGACGUGCUCUGCGACGGACCUUAGCAGGCAAGGGGGCCAGGCUGGGCCUGGCCCUGGGCACAGAGUCACUGUUGCUGCUAAUGGACUCAGCAGAUGUAGACUCAGCUGUGGAGGGCGUUGUGGAUGCCGUCUGGUCAGACCGCAGCCUGGGGGGACUUAGGCUCCUCAUCCAGGAAUCUGUAUGGGAUGAAGCUAUGAAGCGACUCCAGGCUAGGAUGGCAAAGCUACGGAGUGGACGAGGCCUGGAUGGGGCUGUGGACAUGGGGGCCCGAGGAGCUGCCGCCCGAGACCUAGCCCAGAGCUUUGUGGAUGAGGCCCAAAGCCAGGGAGGACAGGUAUUCCAGGCUGGUGACGUGCCCUCCGACGGCCCAUUCUUCUCUCCAGCCUUGGUUUCUGGCCUGCCUCCAGCUGCCCCCUGUGCCCAGGCCGAGGUACCAUGGCCUGUGGUUGUGGCUUCGCCUUUCCGAACAGCCAAGGAGGCGCUAGCCCUGGCCAAUGGGACACCGCGGGGAGGCAGUGCCAGUGUGUGGAGUGAGAGGCUCGGGCAGGCCCUGGAGCUGGGCUUCGGGCUCAAGAUGGGCACCGUGUGGAUCAAUGCGCAUGGCCUCCGAGACCCUGCGGUGCCCACGGGUGGCUGCAAGGAGAGUGGGUCUUCCUGGCACGGGGGCCUGGAGGGUCUGUAUGAAUACCUGUGGCCCUCCGGCACGCCUUCCUGGGAGCCCUUCCUUUGUGAGAGUCUCAACUAUGACACAUUUGGCCUUGCCGUGCCCUCCAGCCUGCUGUCGGGGCCAGAAACGGGGCCCAGCCCAGCACCCCCCUAUGGGCUGUUCGUUGGGGGCCGUUUCCAGGCUCCUGGGGCCCGGAGCUCCAGGCCCAUCCAGGAUUCUUCAGGCAAACUCCACAGCUAUGUGGCCGAGGGUGGAGCCAAGGAUAUCCAAGAUGCCGUAGAGACUGCUCAUCAGGCCGCCCCUGGCUGGGGGGCCCAGUCCCCAGGGGCCCGAGCACGCCUGCUGUGGGCCCUGGCAGCUGCACUGGAGCGGAGGAAGUCAGCCCUGGCCUCGCAACUAGAGAGCCACGGAGUAGCCCCUAUGGUUGCCAAGACCGAAGUAGAGCUGUGUGUGAGGCGACUCCAGAAUUGGGGCACCCGGGUUCAAGACCAAGGCCAGACACUACAGGUGACAGGGUUGAGAGGCCCUGUGCUCCGGCUUCGAGAGCCACUUGGAGUGCUGGCCGUGGUGUGCCCAGAUGAGUGGCCCCUGCUGGCCUUUGUGUCGCUGCUGGCCCCUGCCCUGGCCCAUGGCAAUGCUGUCGUCUUAGUACCUAGUGGGACCUAUCCUCUGUCGGCCCUGGAGGUCUGUCAGGAUAUAGCCACCCUGUUCCCUGCUGGCCUGGUGAGUGUAGUGACGGGAGACCGGGACCACCUGACCCGCUGCCUGGCCUUACAUCAGGACGUCCAGGCCCUGUGGUACUUCGGCCCUGCCCAGGGCUCCCAGUUUGUGGAAUGGGCCUCUGCAGGAAACCUCAAGUCUGUGUGGGUAAACAGGGGCUUCCCGAGGGCCUGGGAUGAGGAGGUCGAGGGGGCAGGACCAGAGCUGAGUCUGCAUGCAGCACGAACCAAGGCCCUGUGGCUGCCAAUGGGGGACUGAUGCCCGAAGCUGUCCACUCCGUCUUGCGUGCCCAGAGAUACCAGAUGCUUGGAAUUUUUCUCAGACUUCCCGUGGUUUCCAAUAAACUGAGUGACUUUUA